GGUGUAGCUGGUACUGCUGGUAGUCCAAGCUAGCAUCACUGGGUACACCUCGAUGAACAUCGAUGAAUUUGGUUAGGAAGCAUGACCCAUGCGACACGGCGUUUAACGCAUUUCAGAACACUCCGUUGCAGAAUCCGACCUGACGCAGGCGAGAGAUGACUUUCUAGCCGACUGUUCGGAGCUCGUCGCGACGUAACGGUGUAUAACGUCGAGGCACACUUUUAUUCCGAGUCGUUGCGAACAUUGUAGAAAAUGUACCCCGCUGACCUGACGAAGACGCUUUUGCCGGCGACCGCCGAGAAGAAGGUGUCGCUGAGCGACACCGAGCUCGACAACGUCGCCCUGUACCUCCUCGACAAUCAGAAACGCUACAGAGAGAACAUUAUAAUCCCGACGAUGAUGGGGCCCGUGCAGAUAAAGACUAUCGAGGAAAAGAGGAUUGAGAGCGCGAUGGAAAGCUGUGCGUUCAAGGGCGUCAUGAGUUGUGUCUUGGGAUACGGCUUGGGAUUGGCCUUCGGGGUGUUCACCUCCAGCCUGAAUCCAAGCAUAGGGAGCCUCGAGAAGCAGCAGACCGCGCGGGAGGUGCUGACGGAGAUGAAAACCACGAGUCUCAGCCUCGCCAAGAACUUUGCGAUUGUCGGAGGGCUAUUCACCAGCAUCGAGUGCGCAAUAGAAUCGUACAGAGGCAAGUCCGACUGGAAGAACGGCACGUAUGCGGGCGGUGUAACGGGCGGACUAAUUGGCUUGAGAGCCGGUGUAAAAGCGGGCAUAAUCGGCGCCGCGGGCUUCGCCGCAUUCUCGACGGCGAUAGACUAUUACAUGCGUGGAUCGUAGACUGUACAGCGGAGAUUGUUAAAAGAUAUAUAUUUGUAUAAAAGAGAUAUAAAAAUUUUUAUGCAAUUACGUAUCUAUACAAUUCCUGUAUAAAAACGUGGAAAUGUCUUCAGUGUAAAUAUGUUCGUAAAACUAAUAUCGUGUGACUGAAUUAAAAGCGUAAAAUAUA